UUGGAUGACUUUCAGGGGAUGGAUUUUGUCUUUCUUUCUUGUGUCUUCCAUGUCCAGUAUUUUUAGCCAGAGCGCUUGCUAGCGCUGUCUCGGCUGUAUCUGCGUCUCACGCUUGGCGCUGACUCGUGCAUCUUCUCUGCUUUGAAUUCCUUUAGAGAGCAGUUAGGGUUAAGUUAGCAGCAAGUGAUUCUGCAGCAGCAACAGCAGCUGAUGCAUAGUUUACCCCUGUAGGUCGCUUUGGAUAAAAGCGUCUGCUAAAUUAUUAAUAAUAAUAAUAAUAAUAAUAAUGGUGGAACCUCUGUUUAAUUGAAUCAGCUGGUCAGACUCGUGAUAGCGACCGCAUGCUUUCAAAUGGAAAAGCCCUGCGUGCAGUUGACACGGACAGAAAUCGCCAUCAAGAAAGCAGGUGUCACGUUUCUGUUAUUUCUUUUUUAUUUUCCUCUGCGUCUGUUUGUACCUUGCACACCCCCCACGAGGUUCAUCCUCUGCAGCUGUAGUGAGAUUGCAGUUAUCAGAGGUUUAUAACCAAACACUCAAGUAUUGUUUUUCUUGGCAACUCUGGUCAGUAUAGCUUUUAUAUGAACUAGGAGGCAACAAGUUAAGAUCACAGUGAGUUCUAUCUACAGUGACUGAUUAGCAGUGCAAUAGUACAUGAAAUAAACAGAGUGCUGUUUGUGUGUCGGGCUCGUCUGUGUGUCUCUGAUCCUGUGGCAGGACACUACAAACUCUGCAGCUAUUACUGCUCCCCUGUUCCUCUGGAAUAUUAACCCCAGUGCGUGUGUGUGCUGUGCAGCAGGGCUCCAUAGAGCUGUGCAGGUGUUCUCUCUCUGUCUCUCUCUCCUCCCUAGUUCCUCUGGUAUAUUAACCCCAGUGUAUGCUGUGCUGUGCAGGUGUUCUCUCUCCUCCCUCGUUCCUCCUGUAUAUUAACCCCAGUGUGUGCUGUGCUGUGCCGCAGGGCUGCAUGGCGGUGCCACUGUACUCUUCCCCCCCAGACGGGGGCUGGGGCUGGGUCAUUGUGUUCUCUCUCUUCCUGGAGUCGGCGCUGGUGUUCGGGCUGAUCCGUUCCUUCGGUGUGUUCUUCGUGGAGUUCGUGGAAUACUUCGAGGAGCCGGCUGGAGCCGUGUCCUGGAUCACUUCCAUCGGGGUCGCAGUGCAGCAGUUUGCAAGUCCGCUCGCGAGUGCGCUCAGCAGUACGUGGGGGGCACGGUCGGUGGUGAUGGUGGGUGGACUCCUGGCCAGUUUGGGGAUGAUCCUGGGCUCUCUGGCCAGCAGCCUGACUCACCUGUACCUGUCCAUCGGGCUUGUCUCAGGUCUGGGCUGGGCGCUGGUGUUCACCCCCUCCGUCGCCAUGGUAACUCGCUAUUUCUGCCGGCGACGCACUCUGGCCACGGGGGUGGGGUUCAUGGGGGUGGGUGUGGCCUCCUUUGCUUUCUCGCCGCUCUUCCAAUUCCUGGUGGAUCACUACGCCUGGCGGGGGGCCCUGCUCAUCCUGGGGGGGCUGAGCCUGAACCUCGUGGUGUGCGGGGCUCUGCUCCGACCCCUGAGGCUGCUGGAGGACCAGAGCAUCACCCCCAGCCCGCAGCACCCCUCCUCCUCCCCGCUCCUCUCCAGGCUGUGGUCCCUGUUCGACCUCUCCUUGCUCAAGGACUGGCCCUUCCUUACCUACACCGCCGCUGUCACCCUCUUCAAUGCCGGCUACUUCAUCCCAUACAUCCACCUGGUGGCCCAUAUCCAGCAGAAGGGCUUCCAUGAGUAUCAGGCUGCCCUCGUCAUGUCUCUGACCGCGCUGACAGACCUCCUGGGCCGCGGAGUGUCCGGCUGGGUGUCGGACCUGCGCAGGGUGAGGCUGCCUCACAUCCUGGCUCUGUGGACGGGGCUCACCGGCCUCUCCAUGCUGGUCAUCCCGCUCGGAGUCUCCUACCCGGUCCUGCUCGCCCUGGGUCUGGUCUACGGGUUCUGCUCUGGAGCCAUGACCCCCGUGGUGUUCUCGCUGCUCCCCGAUAUUGUGGGAGUGGGGCGCAUCUUCGGGGCACUGGGGCUGCUGCAGAUGAUCGAGAGCGUGGGGGGGCUGCUGGGGUCCCCGCUGUCAGGCUGGCUCCGGGACCUCACUGGGGAUUUCACUGCCUCGUUCCUGGUCGCUGGGGCAUUCCUCCUGGCCGGGACGCUGGUUCUGUUCGCUCUGCCCUGCUUCUUCUCCUGUUUGGUUCCACAGAACCAAUGCCCCGAGUCUGGACCAAUAUCCAAUGGAACCAGGCCCCCCAGCAGCAGCCAACCAGAACCCCAGAACUCCACAGAAACCCAUGCAGCCCUGGUACCCGGAUCAAGUGAGACUGUGACCUUCGUCGGGUCGGGUCAGAACCACAGUGCCACGCAGGUCGAGAACGCAAACUGCUGACAGAGCCAAACUCUCCUAUCUCUGUGAGCCAAUCAGAACAGGAGUUUGACAUUCUAAGCCUACAGGGCCAAUCAGAUUCCACGAUACGUCUUAAAACAAAUGGGGUGCUCUGCAGCUGUGUAGAGCUCCACACUGAUUUCUGCUUUGAGACACGAGGGCUGCAGUGUGUGCAGGGGCUGGAGGAGGCAAGAAUGGGAAAAAAAGUGUGUGUGUGCGUGUGUAUAGGUAGGUGUGUGUGUGCGUGUCUGUAUAGGUAGGUGUGUGUGUGU